CCAAGCUCAUGGACAUAACUGCAAAUCCAGAUCCAUUGGCGACACACACACACACACCCGAGCUUGAACAGUUACAGAGAUGUCUUCACAAACACGAACAGUGCUCGUCUUCAGUCUCCUCGUCCUCCUCUCUUCCUCUCUGGUGGUCGCCGCCUUUGCGCAAACGGAGCCCGUAACACCGCCGGCUCACGGUGCGUGCGGCGAUCCCCGCGUGGGCGGCAAAUGCCACAGUGUCCCCAAGGCGCUGCGCCUGAAGCUGAUCGCGAUCCCGGCGAUCCUUCUCGCCAGCAUGGCCGGCGUGUGCCUGCCGCUCUUCUCCCACUCCGUGCCGGCGCUUCGCCCCGAUGGCAACCUCUUCGUCGUCAUCAAAGCCUUCGCGUCGGGGGUCAUCCUCGGCACCGGCUACAUGCACGUCCUCCCUGACUCGUUCAACGACCUCAGCUCGCCCUGCCUGCCCCGGAGGCCCUGGGCGGAGUUCCCGUUCACGGCGUUCGUCGCCAUGCUCGCCGCCGUGUUCACGCUCAUGGUGGACUCGUUCAUGCUCACGUUUCACAGCCGGAGCAAGGGCAGCGACCGGAGCAGCUCUGCAGUCGCUCACCAUGGCCACGACAGCCCUCCGCAAGGGCACUGUCACGGGCAAGGGCAUCUAGACAUGAGUGUGGCAAGGGCGGACUCCGUGGACAAGGACGACAAGGACGUGGAGGCCGGUAAGACGCAGCUGCUCAGGAAUCGUGUCAUUGUUCAGGUCCUCGAGAUGGGUAUCGUGGUGCACUCGGUGGUGAUUGGCCUGGGCAUGGGCGCGUCGCAGAACGUGUGCACCAUCCGUCCGCUCGUGGCGGCGCUGUGCUUCCACCAGUUCUUCGAGGGCAUGGGCCUCGGCGGCUGUAUCCUCCUGGCCGAGUACGGCCCCAGGAUGAAGUCCGUGCUGGUGUUCUUCUUCUCGGCGACGACGCCGUUCGGAAUCGCGCUGGGGCUGGCGCUGACCAAGGUGUACAGCGACAGCAGCCCGACGGCGCUGAUCGUCGUCGGCCUGCUGAACGCGGCGUCAGCGGGGCUGCUGCACUACAUGGCGCUGGUGGACCUCCUGGCCGCCGACUUCAUGGGUCCCAAGCUGCAGAGUAGCGUCAGACUCCAGCUCGUCUCCUUCCUCGCCGUCCUGCUCGGCGCUGGCGGCAUGUCCGUCAUGGCCAAGUGGGCUUGAUCCUGAGGAGACUGGCACAUCAAUUACGUCAGGUACAGGUAUGGACUGUGUGUAUAUGCUAUGCGAGUUCCCGCCUGCAUACUCGCCUCGCAUGUACCCUACCUGUACCUGCUGCUGUCGUAGUUGUCAAAGGGAAAUUUUUGUUGUACUUGACCCUGUGUGACUUCAGUUGCCCCCCCCCCCCCCGUCUUUUUUACAUGUCGUCUUUUUUCUCUUCUCUGCACGGUAGUGGAGUGGUAUUUGAGGUGUGAAUGCUAGUUGUGAUGGAAGGUGGGCUACUUGUCAAAAGCUCUGUACAGAAUCAAGCAGCUGCCUUCAAGAAUGGGAUCUGCACCGCUUAGGGCAUCUCAAUAAUAUAGCUAACCGCUAUAUAUAAGAAGUGUACAUGUCAGCUAUAUACAGCACAAUAGAUAACCUCUCCAAUGAAUUAACUA